AUGCCCGCUCUAGCUGAUUUGGUACAACGUGGGAUCGUCCUAACGUCUGUUGGUUUGACUAUCUACGGAGGAGCACUUAUAACGCAUGGUAUAGGAUAUCGAUCGUUAAAAGCCAAAGGAUACUUCGGAGGUCCAGACGAGGAUCAGAAAACGAUAGAUACAAAUCCAACAUUCACUACACCACCUACUCAACCAUCAUAG